GAAGUGUUUUUAUCUCGAAGGCCGACAAAUAAACGCGGGCAAAAUUAUAAAAUAAAUAUAUACAUAUAUAUCGCAAGCAACUUUAACAUUUUGCUGCUGAUCAUAACAAUAACUCGACAAGUGAAGAGCAGCUCCAGCUCAUGCUGAACGCGAAGAGAGUCCGACAGAGAGAGAGAGUUUUAUAAAUAAACAGGUUUAUUGUUCUGCAAUUGUUGCUGCGAAAUUGGAGGCGUAGACAUUUAAAGAUAUUCCCAGCAGUAUGGCAUCCACAUCCAGUGUGAAGAUUUUUGCCUACUCUCUGCACAUUCUCUGCACACUCAUUGCUCUGGUGCUAAUAUCCUUUGGCACUUAUGUGCUCGUGUCCUACGAAACGAAUGAGAUUGGUGCCACUGUUGCCUAUGCCUACAUUGCCAUUGGCGUGGCCGGCAUCGUCAUCGUCUUCUGGGGCUAUCUGGCCGCUUGGCGCGAACAUGUUUGCUGCACUGUGACCUUUAUAACAUUUUUGUAUCUGAUCAUCAUUGUACAAUUGAUGGCGGUAUUUUUGCUGACGCAAAAAGCAGAUUCGGCAGCUUCCAAUUUGGCAAAUGUUGUUGAUACCACCAUGGAGAAGGAGUUGGAUACUCCAGGUGCCAUGUCGCUCUACGAAAAUUGGUUCCAUUGCUGUGGGCGCGGCAGUCCGCAGGAUUAUAUUGUGGAUGGACGCCUGCCGCCCGCCACUUGUUUCCGUGAUCAUGACAACAGCAAAGCGGAAAAUCUAAUACACCAAGGCUGUCGUGUAGAAUUUGAAAACUAUUGGCUGCAGUUGCUAAAGAUAUUCAAUAUCAUUGGCUGGGUGCUGGUUGCCGCUGAGCUUGUGCUCAGCGUCAUAUCCUGCAGCCUUUGCAGCAGUAUUCGCAACGAUAAUCGUCGCUCUUACUCUUACUAAGCCUUUUGAACUCAGAGCAAGCUCAGAUUUGCAUUUUUUACGAUUUGUUAAUUGUAGCUCCAAGUGAAUUUUGUUAACAGGCGCUUAAAUUAUUGCAAGAUUUUAAUUUUAAUUAAUAAAGUUUAAAACUUACUGUAAGCUCCCUCUCUAGCACUAUGUACUUAAUGUUUGUUGCUUUAUAUGUAAUUGUUUGUUAAGUUAUGUACAUUGUCCCAAAUAAUUGUUAUCAAACGCAUUGCUCAUUUUUGCUUUAAGAAUUAAUUCAACAAAUUUUUGCUGUGUACACAUAAUUAAAAAGAAACAAGUCAUUUGGAAUUUUCUAAUA